AUGAGUUACCACGACCAGGUUAUAAGUGAUCUGGGGGUUUCUCAGCGUUUGGGUAACUCAGUGCUAAGUGAGCUGGACUACAGAGCCAAUUCCAAGUCAAGUAAUUUGAAGUCAAAAACGCAAGUCAAUCGAGAUGAGCAUAAAAACAGCGGAUGGGAACGCUUCCAAUCCACACACAAGAACAAUUUCAAGACCAUGGAGUCAAUCCAAGCCCAUUAUGCAGCCCGCAAGUCUCCGGUAGACGUUGCACAGCUGCCUGCAGACGUUAAAAUAGAUUCUGGAAACGAUGAGAGCAUGGCAGUACCGAGCACCCCGAAGCGUGAGUCGGAAGAGGAGGCUCGAAGUUCGAAUAAACGCAUGCGUGAUCGAAACGGGAACAAUCGUGACAAUGAGGCUUUCAUACGAAGCCCGGUUUCCGACAUUACACGAAGAAUACGACGGCUUCGGGUUCGCACUGGUAGCCAAACGCACCGGGACAAUCAAUCCAAAAUCAACAAUGUACGAAACACACCUCUAAAUACCCACAGGUCGCAACUUUCCACGAAAUUGGAGUCGCAUGCGACCUUUGCAAAACCUACAUUCACUUCCAUCAGUCGAGAGACAAAGCCUGGCGCUAUAUUCUCGAAGCUUAAAAAACCAGAUAAUACAAACAAGACGCUAUCAUCCUUCAGACGCGGUCCUACAAAACACCAGUCUACGCCCUCUUUGCCGCAGCCGACGCCGGUGGUUGCCCCUACGUCAGUGUUUCAACGCCUUUAUGAACAAAGCACGAUUUCAAGAUCUUCUUCAAGCCAGACAAUAGCACCCAAAAACACCAAUUCUUCUGCUACGAAAGGACCAGGUGGCUCCAAGAAAGCUAGUAUUAUCCGCGCCUCUCAAACAAUGAGAAAUCUACGGCAGGAGGAGGAGCCGCGGAAAGUAACGAUUUCAAACUCGAAAUCGAGUUAUACAAUAUCGGGUGACGCUGGGAAUAAAACUAAACUCCCCAGAAGCCUUAGCACUAAUUUAGAUAAACCCGUCUGGAGAUAA